AUGGAUCCUUCUCUUUCUGUAUCCAAUGAUCCGCAUCAUACAUCGUUCACCACUUUUCCUCCCUUCAACAACCCCAACCCCUUCGCCGCUCCUCAACACACCUACUUCACCGGCGCCGUUAACAACUCCGCCGUCGCGCCGCCAAUGAACAACCAGUUCUUUCAGCCGCCGCCGCAACCAGCUCCUCAACAAUCUAAUGAACACCCUCCUUACGCCGACAUGAUUUGUUCGGCGAUUGCGGCUCUGAACGAACCCGACGGCUCAAGCAAACAAGCGAUUUCGAGGUUCAUCGAGAGAGGUUACUCUGGGAUACCUCAAGCCCAUGGCGCUUUGAUGACGCACCAUCUCAAGAGUCUGAAGAACAAUGGUGUCCUUACGAUGGUGAAGAAGUCCUACAAAUUCGCAGCCCCUACUCCUCCGACUAGCGUAGCCGUUGCGGCUGCGGCUGCAGCUGCUGGUCUCGAACAUCCCAGAUCUGAUUUCAUGACUAACGUGGUCGUCGAGAACCAACCUUUACCUGAUCCGGCGCCGACUUCUACUCCUCAGACGCAGAAGCGUGGUCGUGGUCGACCCCCAAAGCCAAAACCCGAUGUUCAACCCAACGAGGUUCUCCAGAGUAACGGGAAAUCCGCCUGGGUACCAAACCAAUCACCUCUCUCUCGACCGGAGGAGGAGAUGCAGCCGCAGACUCAUGCUCAUGCUCUGGCUCAGGCCCAGCCGCUGUCUCAGAUUCAGCCUCAGUUUCAGAUCCAGCCGCAGUCUCAGAUUCAGCCGCAGCCGCUGAUUAAGAGACCACCUGGUCGUCCUAGGAAAGAUGGAUCUUCGCCGACAGCGAGGGCUUCUGUUUCCGGCGGCGUGGAAAUUGCGAAACGAAGAGGCCGUCCUCCGAGUGGAAGGGCUGCUGGGAGGGAGAGGAAGCCUGCAGUGGUCUCAGCUCCGCCUUCGGUGAUCCCGUACGUUGCUAACGGCGGUGUCAGACGCCGUGGGAGACCGAGGAGGGUUGACACCGGUGCUUCCUAUGUUGCGCCACCUCCACCGCCACCUAACGCAGAGACUGGAGGAGAUGAUGUCGCAGUCGUGGUUGCGAAGAGAGGACGAGGACGUCCUCCUAAGAUCGGAGGUGCGAUCAGGAAGGCUAUGAAGCCCCAGAGAGGCUAUUUCCGUUCUGGAAGACCCGUGGGAAGACCAAGAAAGAAUGCUAUGUUUAGGGGAGCUUCUGGACAACAAGAUGCUGGCUAUGGUGAACUCAAGGAGAAGUUUGAAUUGUUUCAAGAGAAAGCUAAGGGAAUUGUUAAUGUGUUGAAAGCUGAGAUCGGAGGAAGUGAGAACCAAGCAGUGGUUCAAGCCAUUCAAGAGCUGGAAGGGUUAACAGUAACAACAACAGUGGCAACAACUGUGACAAGAGAGACAACAGACGAGCCACAGCACAUGGAAGAAAUGCUGGCAGAUGAACAACACCGCGAGACUGAUCCAGAACCUGAGGGACAGGGACAAGGACAAGCUGAAGGACAAGGAGAGGCAGAAGGACAGGGACAAGGACAGACGGAUGCAGAGGCUAUGCAGGAAGCUCUGUUCUAA